GUUUUAACGAUGCCAGCAAAAUGCUUCACUUGGUAAAUGCACCAGUCUAAACAAUACCACCAACCAGCGCAAACGGGACUUCCUCCCACUAAAAUAAGGCUAAAAGUACACUUGUUAAACCCUAAAUGUGAUGUGAUACUUAAAACUUUUUUGCGAUAUUGGGAAUGAAAGUAAAUACAUAAGUAAAGUGGUGAAGAAAUAAAAAAUGAGCAAAGUUUUGUCUACCCGACAAACGGGAACUUGUUGUAAACGGCCGAUAUUUAUGUACUAAACAGGUGAAAAAUUGGAAAGAAAUUUAAAUUUUGUAGGAAAGAAAAUUGACAACUUUUUUACUCUUAAAGUGCGUAUUAACUACCGAAAAUAUAGGGAAUUAUAAAUAACGAAAUUGAAAUUUUGUCGGGAAAAUUGACAACUUUUCUACAACUUUUCAACUCGUAAAGUGCGUAUUAUUAAGGAAAAAUGUAGUGAAUUGUAUCUACCAAAAUAGCAAUUUUGUAGGGAAAAUUUACAAGUUUUUUGUAAACUUUUUGUACUUUACUCUUAUGUAAAUUGCGUAUUAUUACCGGGACUAUGUAACUACCAAAAAUCUAGUGAAUUGUGUACCGAAAUUGAAAUUUUGUAGGGAAAAUUGACUACUUUUCUGGAACUUUUUAAACUCGUAAAGUGCGUAUUAUUAACCAGUUUUUUAUUAUUCUGGAUCAGAUAUCGCCUCUACUUUCAUGCAUAUUAUUGGCUGAUAAGUGGUUUUGAUAAGACCGAAAACCAGACGGGGGAGUGAAAGUGGAUGAGUGAGAGAAAGUUAUGGAUUGCCGGUUUUCCAGGAGAGGAUUGGAUUCCUAGCUUAGCUGGGUGGGAGAAGAGCCGAAAACCUGAAGGAAGCCAGGCCACAGCCACCCUCAAAAUCGAUCCGGGUUCUUUUCCCCUCUUUCCCGACAAGACAACAAACCAAAAGUGUCCGAAUUUUUAAAAAUAUGUGGAUAAAAAGACACCGAUUUUGAUGUUACUGAAAGUGAUUUUGUGAUUUCGUGAAAUUGUGUCCGUUGCAAAAUUCUGAAUUGAAUGGAUUUGUCACUCUGGACGUUAUUGUCGUGCUCAAUUAAUUGUUAAAUUACACGUGUGCGGAUACUUUUAAUUGGAUUUCGCCAUCAUCAUUCCCCAGAAAAUCAGGACAUGACGGUGACAUUUUAAUUUUCGAUUGGCCAGACAAAGACCAAACCAAACCACGAUUGGAUUACAAUUACUUCAUGUCAGAUGAAGGGUGUCAGAUCCAAAUAAUGAGAUUACAACACGGGAACGGGAACCAGGACGAAUAAUAAGCUUUGUCACUUCCGGUCUUAACAUUUAUGUACGAUACGCAGUGAACAAUAAUAUAAUAAUGUGUCUACUUUAGUGAAUAACUAGAUAGGUAGAAUUUUUAUUACCAAGGUGUGUGUGGCGUGGCGUGUGUGGUGUGCCACGUGUGAAUGGUAUCGAGUGGGGGGGAACGAUGCGGGGGAAUAAAGCGACCCUGUCGGGAUGGAGGAUAACGACAACAAUACUGCUGCUUUUCGUCGUAGGGGGAGGAUUACUUGUCAGUGGUCACGAUGCUGGCGAAAGUGAAAACCACCAUCCAAGUGUUACCGGAUUCUCGAAAGCGCGUCGAAUUACGGGUCGCGUCUUACGCGAAGUCAUUGUGGAAGAUCGGGACGCCUAUGACGUCCUUCGUGGCGUCAAGUCUACCCUACAAAGAUCUCGACGAAUACGACGUCACGUCCCCGUCGGAAAUACGCUGCACUCCGACGUCGAAGUUGGCGGCCACUUAGAAAAAGUGCGGUUGGAACUUGCCUUAAACGAAUCAGAUCCGACACACUACACAAUUCUGCACCUAACCCUGAACCGAGGUCUACUUCCUUCCGGGUAUUUUGAAAAGUUCCAAAAUACUGGGAACCAUGUCGUCAACAAUCCGUCGUACGAGGAGGCAGAACUUUGCCAUUAUCAAGGCGUCGUGGAAGGUCGGCCUAGUUCGUAUGCAGCCAUUUCUACCUGUCUGGGAAAAAUUAGCGGUGUCAUUUUUGACGGGGAUCAAGUCCACUAUCUCGAACCUGUCGCGAACAACCAGACAGCGAAACGGGACAAUGACCACGCUUGGGAUCUAGUCCAUUAUAACGGAGCAGAUUUUCGAGGAAGCAGCUUAUCUCCUCGUGGUGUUGGUCAUGACGCCCCCUCCUCCCCAAAAAACGUCACCCGCGUAAAACGAGGCGCCUCCUCCCACUCUGACCUUCGCCUGCCUUGGAACUCGAACGGAAAGUCGCGCUACGUCGAACUCGUCAUGGUCGUGGACAACAAGAAGUAUCGCGACCUGGGUGGCGACGUGAAAGCUGCCGUGCGACGGAGCAAAGACGUCGCGAACAUUGUGAACGCGCUGUACCAACCGUUCAACAUUUUCGUCGCGUUGGUCGGCGUGGUCGUGUGGAGCGAGAGGGACGAGAUCGCCAUCUCCGCGAAGGGGGAUGACACCUUGUCAUCGUUUCUAUUGUAUCGAAGAGAACGCCUGCUGAAGGAUCAUCCCAAUGAUAAUGCUCAAUUGUUGACCGGGGUCGAAUUUGAGGAUGGCGUCGUCGGCAAGGCUAUGCAAGGUCCGAUGUGCUCGUUCAAAUAUUCGGGGGGAGUGAAUUCCGAUUUCCGCCAUAAUCUAGUCGGCAUCGUGGCCACCACUGUGGCGCACGAGAUGGGGCAUAAUUUUGGUCUUUCGCACGAUGGGGAUGACUGUCACUGUCCGGCGGAAGGGAAUCGAUGCGUCAUGGCGGCGUCGGCCAGCUCGAAUCGGACCUCGCAAUGGAGUUCGUGCAGCAUAAAGGAUAUGGCGUACGCGUUCGAACAUGGGAUGGACUAUUGUCUCAGGAAUAAGCCAAUCAGCCUUUACAACGGUCCCACGUGCGGAAACGGGUUCACCGAGCCGGGCGAAGAGUGCGACUGUGGGCUUCCGGAGCACUGCGACAAUCCCUGCUGUGACGCCUCAACCUGUCUCAUUCAUGACAAUGCGACCUGUGCAUCGGGAACUUGUUGCGAUACCCUGACAUGCCACGUAAAAACGGGUGGAACGCCAUGUCGCGAAACAAGCGGGCGCUGCGAUCUUCCCGAAUUUUGCACAGGAGAGAGCGAAUUUUGUCCCGAAGAUGUUAAAAUGCUGGACGGGCUGGAGUGCGAGACGCCGAGCGGGAAGGCCUACUGCUACGCGGGAGAAUGUCGGACGCAUACGGAUCAGUGUAAAUUAUUGUGGGGUCCGUCCGGAAAUAAUUCGGAGGAUUUGUGCUACCAGAGGAAUAGCAACGGGUCACGGUUAGCUCAUUGUGGGUAUGACCUUCUCACGGAAAAGUAUGCGCAGUGUGCGACAGAGGACUCGAAAUGUGGCGUCCUCCACUGUCAAAUGAACACUGAAAAGUUAGAAUACGGCUACGAAUCCGCCGCCAUCCUGGCCUCCUUCUUUGUCAACGCGGGCGGCAAGAUUUAUCCGUGUCGCAGCGUCAUCGUGGACUUCGGGCUGAGCGACAUUUCGCCCGGAAUGGUGCCGGACGGCGCGCCUUGCGGAAGCGGAAAGAUGUGCGUGGCGCAAAAGUGUGUCGAGGCCAAGGGCGUCGUCGGCGUAUUGGGCGAACUUUGCGGUGGGGACUGUUCUAGUCAUGGCGUCUGCAAUUCGAAGGGGCAUUGUCACUGUAAUGAUGGAUAUGGUGGAGCGCUAUGUGAAGGGCCAGGUCUUGGAGGGUCGGUCGAUAGUGGGCCACCGUAUCAUAUGGGAUCCUCCAAAAUUUUGAAAGCCUUGAAAGUCACCGUGUUUGGAUUCAUCCCAUUAAUCGCCAUCAUAACUUUUUAUCUCUACUAUGCAAACGGCUCUUUAAAGAAGUUAUGUCUCGAAAUUCGCCGCGGGGGAUUAAGUGCGGUCGCAAAUCCGACAUUAUCGUCACCCCGGUCCGGUCAAAAUUCACCACCAAAACCACCCCCACCAUCGGGAGGAGGAGCUUCGAAUGGGCGGGUCAUCUCGUCCCCCACACCGCAGGGCCCUACCUCCACCACCACCUCGCCCCAAAGCCCCGUGGGGGAAGACCUCUUCGGAAACUAUAAAGGAUUUUCACUUGCACCUAUGAAAACUAGGUCGGCCAGCGCGAACGUCAACAAUAACAACUCGUCCACCACCACUGUCAACGUUCCCAUUUUAAAGGAAGGAGGUCGACCCAACGCAAAUAACUCAAGAGAGGAAUCCAUCCUGGUUAAAACGUCCGAUAAGCCGACGACCCUGCUCAAACAGACCGGAAACGGGACGUCCACCUCGUCCAGACCACAAUUCAGCGUGGGCGGCGGAAAUGGGAGCGUGGGGCGCGGCGUGAGCUGGGCGCAACCCAUUGAACACAGACUUUCGCCGGAGGAAGAAGACAGCGCGGGGAGCGAUACGCCGCUCUAUGAAAAUAAUUCGGGGAACUCGUCGCCCUCGGCGAAUUGUCCGACAUCGCCGGAAAAAGAGUUAGUCAGUCCGGAACAGGAGCAGCAGAGUACGAAACCAAGGUUCGGGUUGAAAAAGGAGGCCUCCUUUUCCGGUCUGACUAGUCGACUCGCGGCGGCAUUGCCGUUUAUUAGGAGUACGUUGGGAAGGUCGAAUUCGUCCAUGGGGGCGAAGGAUUUGGAGGGAAUGGUUUCACGGGGGAGUAAAAAGAAGGUCGAGAUUUCGAAGCCAAUCUUACUCUCCGACAACCUAAUCUCUUCCCAAAAGAUGCAAAACUGCAUCAGCAUCAAUCCCCUCGAUCAACCUCGAUACGCCAACAUUCCCCUCGCCGACGAAUCCCCCACGAAAGAAUGUCACGACACUGUCGACGCUGGAAGAAAAUCCCCCCGAUACAGCAACCUUCCCAGCAGCAGUAGCAGCGUAACUCAACCAAAACCCGCCCUGAAAUCGGUCCAGCGCCUCCAACAGCGCGACCUAACCCCGCCCCCGCCAUCGAGCGCUAACAAAACCGCGCCCAAAGUUCAACGCGCCAAUUCCAUGAUUCAAUCUUCCUCCUCCUCAAAUUCCCCCCCGAAUCGAAACUCCAUGCCAAACUAUAACUCGCUGAGACGUUCCCGACCUUCCGGGCCUCCCCGAAUCCACCCGGGUCCCCGCCACCACCGCCGCCACCCGCCCCGAAUCCUCCCCCCUCUUCGUCCACGUCCACCCCGCCCCGCACCUUUUUCAAAUCCUCCACCCCACCCCCGUACAAUCCCACCGUGACGAACGCAUCUUCUAGU